AUGGAGGGGAAACGGAUCAUCGACCCCUUCCCCCGGGAGAAGCACAGCCUGCAUGUCAAGAAGCUGCGCGCCCCGCGCGGCAAGGGCGCGGCCGACGUCGUGUUCACAGAGGCGCCCCGCUUCAACAGCCUGCUGCGGCCGAGGGAGUAUGUGACCUGCGACGCGGAGAGCAGGAAGGACCGGUUCUUCGUGUGCAAGUCGGUGCUGGUGGAGGACGGGCCCCUGCAGAAGGCCGCAAAGGGCCACGUGCGCGCCAACCUGUUGUUUGCGAUGCGCGUCAGCCCGGCGCUCGACUCAGAGGGGCGGCCAGGGGCCAGCCACCUGCAGAUGGUCAACUGGCUCGACCUUGGGGCCAACACUGUGCCGCCCCUGGUGUCCAACGCCGUCACGGAACGCUGGUACUUCCCGGGCGUGGUGCGGCGGCUCAACAGGCACCUGCGGGAGCGCGGCCUCGCGCCGCAGCAGCAGGGCGGCGGCGCCGGCGGGGUGGCGGGCGGUGCGAAGAGCUGA